AUGAAAGUAGUCAUCGCACUUUGUGUUCUCUUCGUUGGUGCUUAUUGUGCACCGGUAUAUGAUGAUGAAUGGACGUUAUUCAAACGUACGUAUGGAAAACAAUACAAUUCAGUUGAAGAAGAAGCUAAUCGCCGAACAAUUUGGGAAGCUAACCUUGCUAAAAUUCACAAACACAAUCUUGAAGCUGAUUUAGACUUACACACCUACACUUUAGGAAUGAAUCGAUUCGGUGAUAUGACUCAUGAAGAAUUCAAAAAACAAAUGAAUGGAUUCAAAAUGUCAACUCGAACUGAUACAUCAGAAUUUGAUCAUCAUACAUUCUUAGCUCCAUCAAAUGUUGUCCUUCCAGAUUCUGUUGAUUGGCGUACAAAAGGUUAUGUAACACCAAUUAAAGAUCAAGGACAAUGUGGAUCAUGUUGGGCUUUCUCAGCUACUGGUUCACUUGAAGGUCAACACUUUGCUAAAACACAGAAACUUGUUUCGCUUUCUGAACAAAACUUGGUUGAUUGCUCAGGCAAAUUUGGUAAUUUGGGAUGUGAUGGUGGUUUAAUGGAUCAAGCUUUUGAAUACAUCAAAGCUAACAAAGGUAUUGAUACCGAAAAAAGUUAUCCAUAUGAAGCUGUUGAUGAUACAUGCCGAUUCAAAAAACAAAAUGUUGGUGCUACUGAUACUCUUUUAGCAUUAAGAUUCUUUUAG